CUGCACCGGUUACCAUUUCUGCUGGAAUUUGAGCUGCCACCUCAACCACCUCUUUCUUUCAGCCUCCUGUAAUUUGCCUACCAAGAUGGAUCACACACUAAUCGUUUUGACUCUGGUACUUAUUUCGGCAGGAAUACGUGCUUUAGCAGCGAAUUUCGACCCAGCAACUCAGAUUACGCUCUACAAUCAGCCGCGGUUCUUCAACUCCCCCGUUUCUCUCGCGGACUUCACAGUCCGACCAGACCCCCAGGUCGCAUGUUACAAUCUCCCCGCUGCUUUCGCGAGUAAAUUAGGCUCCGCGAAGGUCGUCUGGAGCACGCGAAUUGCGAGUGUGACGCGUGUCAGCUGCAGCACUGUCUGGUUCUUCCCUCGCGCCAAAUGCGCCGGUACACCCAAGGGGCUGCCACGGCCUGUGACUAUAUCGAAUGCGUCCUCUUCAGUGAGCUUCAUAGGUGUGUUGGCCCAGCCAAUGGAAUCAGCGGCAUCCAUCGCAUGCUCUUAUGACAGGAAUCCAUGCACCGUCCUCCCGUGCCCAGCCAACUCCACAUGCGCCUCGUACGGAAACACGGCAUACACAUGCCAAUGCAACCCUGGCUUCACGCGAGUCAACAACAACUGUGUUGACCUGUGCACUUCCAAGAAGUGUCCGCCCAACUCCUCCUGCUAUCUCAGCAGGAGCACCGCAACGUGCCAGUGCAAUCGCGGCUUUGCCCAGCAGCCCAACGGGUCAUGCGCCCCUGAGCCCAACCACGACGAGUGGCUGGGACUGCAGAAUGAGGCCCGGGCGUCCGUUGGCUCUCCUCCCCUCGUUUGGAAUGAUACCUUGGCAGCAGCAGCACGGGUGUGGGGUAUCAAGCUAGCCUCCACCUCCUGCUACAACACAACCCUGGAAAAUGGGGUCGCCUAUGGGCAAAACACCCUGGCAGCAUUAGGGUUUGUUCCAAGGGAGGUUGUAAACGUGUGGAUGUCAGGGCAGUUCAGGUACACCCGUGCCGAGUUCCCUAACGGCUGCAAGGACGGGCAACUUCGGGACUGCAUUCACUUCCUCAGGGCUGUGUGGAACACGACACAGAGUGUGGGUUGUGCUGAGGUGCCAUGCCAAGGAGACUGGGGCACUUACGUUUGCAACUACUACCCUAUGGGAGGAAUUGUGGGAUCUUGCCCGUUUUGACGAGACCAAUCUAUGUGGAGAAUUCUGCAUCUCGAAGAAUAACAGAGGGUCUGCUAGCAUCCUGGCCUGAGGCACAAGGUUCCUACGUUAGAUGUAGCAUGAUGUAUGAGUAGCCGUCUUUUCGACAAACAUGCAUUCAACUAAUGGGUUGCCCAUGAAUAAUGCCUCUCAUCUGUUUGAAAGCAAACAAUAUGUUUGUCUCAUUAUUGAAAAUAAACUCUCGUUUUUUUA